AUGGAAACCAAGGUCGUCCAUGUCGAAACGAAGUCGUCGUCCGUCCAGGACGCCGACACCCUGGGUAUCGACGAUGAAAUGCUGCUGAUGAUGUCGGAGCGUAUCCCAGAAUUUGCCGCAACAAUGGCCAGCGCAAGGCGGGCCUCCAAGUUCGAGCACGGCCUUACUAACUGGGAAGCCUUCAAGCUCUACCCCAAAGCCAUCUUGUUUUCCUUCGUUCUUUCGCUCGCCAUCAUCAUGGAAGGUUACGACACUUCCCUAUUGGGUUCCUUCUAUGCCUAUCCGGUAUUUGCCCAACGGUUCGGCGUGCUAGCCGACAAUGGUACCUACCAAGUUACCUCCAAGUGGCAAUCUGGCCUGCAAAACGGCACGCAGGUCGGUCAGAUCCUGGGGUUGAUGAUCGCUGGUCUGAUUGCAGACCGUUUCGGAUACAAGAAGACAAUGCUUGGUGCCCUCAUCUGUAUCACUGCAUUCAUAUUCCUGCUUUUCUUCGCCCAGAACAUCGGUAUGCUCUUUGCUGGUGAGGUCCUUUGUGGCUUGCCAUGGGGCGCCUUCCAGACCUUGACAACUACAUAUGCUGCCGAAGUGAGCCCUACUAUCCUGAGGCCCUACCUAACAACCUACGUGAACCUCUGCUGGGUGACAGGUCAGUUCAUCUCCACAGGUGUCCUCCGUAGUCUUCUCGGCCGCACCGACGAAUGGGCCUGGCGCAUCCCCUAUGCCAUCCAGUGGGUUUGGCCUGUCCCUAUCAUCAUCGGUGUCCUCUUCGCGCCUGAGUCCCCCUGGUGGCUCGUCCGCCACGGUCGAUCCGAAGAAGCCAUUCGCUCCCUCCGCAGCUUGACCUCCUCCCGUCGUGAUUCCAUGGGCUAUAGCAUGGAAGACACCGUCGCCAUGAUGCUAGUGACUAACACUCAAGAAGAACUCAGUCGUGAGGGUGUCUCCUACUGGGAUUGCUUGCGCGGCGUGAACCUGCGACGCACUGAGAUUGUAUGCUGCGUCUGGAUGAUUCAAGUAUUCUGCGGGGUCUGGUAUGGAGGCAACGUUGUGUAUUUUCUACAGCAAGUUGGCUUCACCUCCGACCAGUCGUUCGACUUUGGACUCGGCACCAACGCCAUUGGCUGGCUCGGUACUGUGUGUUCGUGGUUCAUCAUGCAGCGCGUCGGUCGUCGCACGCUGUACGUCUCCGGUCUGGCCAUCAUGUUCACUAUGCUUUGCCUUGUUGGCUUCAUGGGCAUCCCCUCCCAUCCAUCAUCAGCGAUUAGCUAUGCUUCCGCUGCCAUGAUGCUCAUCUUUGUGUUUACUUAUGACCUUACCGUUGGGCCUGUUGGAUACUGUUUGGUCUCGGAGAUCCCCUCCACCCGUUUGCGCAUCAAGAGCACUGUUCUUGCGCGCAACUCGUACAAUAUCGCCAGCAUCAUCGCCAACUUUCUCAACCCCCCUAUCCUCAAUCCUACUGCUUGGAAUCUCGGAGGCAAGGGCGGCUUUAUCUGGGCUGCCUUUUGCCUCUUGUCUUUUAUCUGGUGUUUUUUCCGUUUGCCUGAACCCAAGGAUCGCAGCCCCGCAGAACUUGAUGUCCUCUUCGAGAAGAAGAUCAGUGCCCGCAAGUUCUCCGGAAUGCGUGUCAACCCCUUCCGUGCUGAUAACUUUGCUAUCACUGCCGAGGACGCUGAGGGUAAGUAG